GUCUGUCUGUAUCGAAUCUGCGGAUGUCAAUCUCUAAACAGUGAAACAGCAGCGUGCCGGUAGGAUCGAGCCGUCACAGACAGAGACAGAGGACCAUGACAGACCAUAAAACGAGCAAAGAGCAGAAGUAUGAUCGGCAGCUCAGGUUGUGGGGAGAUCAUGGACAGGAAGCACUUGAAAAUGCCCAUGUGUGUCUCAUCAACGCCAAUGCAACUGGCACUGAAAUCCUCAAAAACCUUGUGCUGCCAGGAAUCGGAGCCUUUACCGUAGUUGAUGGGCACAAAGUGUCAGGGGAGGAUGUUGGAAACAACUUUUUUCUCACCAGCAGCAGUAUUGGGAAGAACAGGGCUCAGGCUGCUACUGAACUGCUGCAGGAGCUCAAUAGUGAUGUGUCUGGAAACUUUGUAGAAGAGAGUCCCGAUAAGCUUUUGGACAACGACCCUGAGUUUUUUCACAGAUUUAGUCUGGUCAUUGGCAUCCAGCUUCCAGAAAGCACAUGUUUGAGGCUGGGCAGUGUUUUAUGGGAGGCUGGUGUGCCGUACCUUGUAUGUCGAACAUAUGGACUUAUCGGUUACAUGAGACUGAUUGUGAAAGAGCACACAGUGGUCGAAUCUCAUCCAGAUAAUGCGUUAGAAGACCUGAGACUAGACCAGCCAUUCACAGAGCUCAAACACCACAUAGAGUCCUAUGACCUGGACAGCAUGGAGAAGAAGGAUCACAGUCAUACGCCAUGGAUAAUUGUGGUUGCCAAAUACUUGGAAAAGUGGUAUAGUGAGCACAACUCUCAGUUACCGAAGAAUUAUAAGGAGAAGGAAGCUUUCAGACAACUCAUCAGAGAAGGAAUCCUAACGAAGGAGAACGGAGCACCUGAAGAUGAAGAGAACUUUGAGGAGGCAAUCAAGAAUGUGAACACGGCUCUGAACCCCACCAAGGUCCCCAGUGCAGCGGAGGACAUUUUUAAUGCUGAGCAGUGUGAGAAUAUUACCUCACAGAGCCCAUCCUUCUGGGUGAUGGCACAAGGAGUGCGGGACUUUAUUCGAAACGAGGGGAACGGAAAGCUACCUGUGCGAGGAACCAUCCCAGACAUGAUUGCUGAUUCGGACAAAUUCAUCAAGUUACAAAACGUCUACAGAGACAAAGCCAUGAAGGACGCAGCAGUUGUGUCCAAACAUGUUGAAGCACUUUUACAAUCAGUUGGAAAGCCUCCAGAGAGCAUCUCUGAACAGGAAAUCAAACUUUUCUGUAAAAACGCAGCUUUCCUCAGAGUGGUGCGCUGCAGGUCUCUGGCGGAAGAAUACAGUAUGGACACUUUCAAUAAAGAUGAAAUCACAUCCUGUAUGGACAGCACAGACAGUGAGAUGGUUCUGUACCUCAUGCUCCGCUCAGUCGAUCGCUUCUAUCAGCAACACUCCCGUUACCCAGGUGUCUACAAUUACCAGGUGGAGGAAGACAUUAACAAACUCAAGCUGUGUGUAAACAGUCUUCUACAGGAGUACAGUCUGAACGUCAAUGUGAAAGAUGACUACAUCCAUGAGUUCUGCCGUUAUGGAGCUGCUGAGCCACACACAGUCGCCGCUUUUCUGGGAGGAUCAGCAGCUCAAGAAGCCAUCAAAAUCAUCACACACCAGUUUGUACCUUUCAACAACACGUUCCUCUAUAAUGCCAUGUCACAGACCUCUGCUACUUUUCAGCUUUAGAGCAAUCGUCCCUUCCAGCUGUGUUUCCUCAUUCCUCUAUCAAAGCAUUGGUCUCAAAUUGGCACUGAAGUUUGUUUAUACUUAUACUGAUCAGUGGUGUUGCUUUUUGACAAGACCAGAACUGAUGCUGCAUACUGAAUAAACAGUAUAUCUCCAAAGCUUCUGUAUGUGAUUUGUGUGUUCUUUUCACAACAGUCAGUUUGAAUGUAUAUACACUCUUUACUGUCGUUUUUGAUCAUUUUAAUGCAUCCUUGCUUAAUAAAAGCAAACAAGCAUUUAUUUUUUUCAUCUUACUUUCUCCAAUUGUAUCACAUUUUCCAAAACAUAUUGAGCAGCAUAACAGUUUUCUACAUUGUUAAUAGAGAUGUUUCUUGAGCAGCAAAUCAGCAUAUUAAAAUGAUUUUCUGAAGGAUCAUGUGACACUGAAGACUGGAAUAUGCCAUCACAGGAAUAAAUUAGAUUUUGAAAUAUUUUUCAAAUGGAAAAGAGUUAUUUUUCAUUGUAAAAAUAUAAAAUAUUUUACAAUAUUACUGUAUUUUUGUUCAAAUGAAUGUAGCCUUGGUCUUCAGAAGGCUAUGAUGGGCUGCCCUAUUAUUUAUCACAUUCAUUUUAUUUGUAUUAUCUGAUUUUAAAAACUCUAGACAGACUAUUUUUUAUUUGUAUGGUCUCGCGUUCAGCCUACAUUAUCUGAAAUAAACGUGUGACAUUUUCACAUGGUAACUGGAGAACUACUGUUUAUACAUGUCAUAUAAUUUUUCUAAAUAUGUUUUCUAAAGCUGUAUUGUGGUUAGCUGCUGCUGUUUGUUUGAGUGGAUUACAGAGUUAUUUCCUGUUGUAGGGUGGAGUGCUGUGUUUCUAUGGCUGGUCUAAAAGCAGACGGCUCUCUGUGGUUUGAAGAGAAUAGCUAGGUUUUCCUCAUAGGGAGUCUAGACAAAGGAAGGAUGAAAUCAGUGGCACGUAAACAUGUAUUUUUACUCAUUCCCAAGCCUCCAAGAAUCUAAAAUUUCCUGAAUGACCUACUUUACUCACAAAAAUGUUUAAGAAAAGUUCAGAACACUUUCGUCAGUGUUUUUUAGAGCCCAAAUCCAGUGGAGGGCACCCUCCUCCUUCUGCUGGAGCACAUUCUGACCCAUGCUUUUCAUUUUUUGCACAUUCCACUGUAAAAUAAUUUAGAACUGGAGGCUCUCCUUAUAUUGAUCUGUCAAGCAGGACAAUGUUAAUAAGAAACCAGGCCAUGUUGUUCAGUUACUACUUUUCACAGAAGCAGAAAAUGUUUAAACGUUAUCCUCCUCAUGACUAAUAUAUAGAUGACUGUGUUACGAAACUUUCCCUGUGACCCCUGCAUGAGAAGGAUUGCCUAUUUGGGCCAUGUUUAUGAAGGAUUGCUGGGCUCAGCCUGCAGCUUUUCAAAGCUAAUGGAAAUUCCCCCAAGGUGAUUUACUCCUUCUGGACCGAGAGUGACAUUGAAAGCUUGACUAUGAGUUAUGACUUAUACAACUAGCAGAUUGAAACCAUCUCAUGUAUCCCUUGUUUGGAAAUACUGCUUAUCUGUUUAAUAUCCAUGUCGUUCAACUUAUGUCAUGGCAAUAUCUGCUCAGUUCAUGACCUUGGUUUUGUCAUCAGCUGAAUUAGAUUUUCAUUUGGGGUCAUACUUGGCACUGGUAUUUUAGUGCUAUUA